GAGUUGAAGCAGCAUGAGACCCUCACCAGAUGGGCUGCCCAGUCUUGGACUUUCCAGCCAUCAAAAUGAUGAGCCAAACACACCUCUUCCUUUAUAAAUUACCCAGCCUCAGAUAUUCUGUUGUAGCAACACUAAAGAGAGUAAGACACCAGGCAACUCCACAGAGAUGUCUAAUAUAACUGUGUUCUUCAGGGUCAUCACCUUCAGGACCACAAUGCCUGGUAGGGCAAGGACUCGCGCCCGAGGCAGAGCCCGCCGCAGGGAGAGCUACCAACAAGAGGCACCUGGGGGACCCAGAGCACCUGGAUCAGCUACAACCCAGGAGCCCACUCAGUUGCAGUCGACACCCCGGCCGCUGCAGGAGGAAGUCCCAGUGGUUAGACCUCUGCAGCCAAGAGCAGCAAGAGGAGGAGCAGGAGGAGGAGCACAGUCUCAAGGGGUGAAGGAACCUGGACCUGAGGCUGGGUUGCAUACAGCGCCCUUGCAGGAGAGAAGGAUUGGUGGAGUUUUUCAAGACCUGGUGGUGAACACCAGGCAAGAUAUGAAGCAUGUUAAAGACUCAAAAACAGGUUCAGAGGGUACAGUGGUACAGCUACUCGCCAACCACUUCCGAGUGAUAUGUCGUCCUCAGUGGGUUGCAUAUAAAUACAACGUUGACUACAAACCAGACAUAGAAGACGGAAAUCUCCGUACAAUUUUACUUGAUCAACAUAGAAGGAAAUUUGGAGAGCGCCAUAUAUUUGAUGGAAACUCUUUAUUAUUAUCUCGGCCACUAAAAGAGCGGAGAGUGGAAUGGUUGAGCACAACCAAAGACAAAAACAUUGUGAAGAUUACAGUUGAGUUUUCCAAAGAACUCACGCCCACGUCGCCAGAUUGCCUACGCUAUUACAACAUUCUCUUUAGAAGGACUUUCAAGCUGCUGGAUUUUGAACAAGUUGGUCGCAACUAUUAUACCAAAAAGAAAGCCAUUCAGUUAUACCGUCAUGGUACCAGUUUGGAAAUCUGGCUUGGUUAUGUUACUUCUAUUCUUCAAUACGAAAACAGCAUUACCCUCUGUGCCGAUGUGAGCCACAAACUGCUCCGAAUAGAAACUGCUUAUGAUUUCAUAAAGAGAACAUCUGCCCAGGCCCAGACAGGAAACAUCCGAGAGGAAGUAACUAAUAAAUUAAUUGGAUCAAUUGUUCUGACAAAAUACAACAACAAAACCUACAGAGUAGAUGAUAUUGAUUGGAAGCAGAAUCCUGAAGACACAUUUAACAAAUCAGAUGGCAGCAAAAUCACCUAUAUAGACUACUACAGGCAGCAACAUAAAGAAAUUGUCACAGUGAAGAAACAGCCACUUUUGGUCAGCCAGGGCCGAUGGAAAAAGGGCCUAAUGGGUACGCAACGUGAACCUAUCCUGCUGAUUCCUCAGCUGUGCCACAUGACAGGUCUAACAGAUGAAAUACGUAAAGAUUAUAGCAUUAUGAAAGAAUUGGCUAAACAUACAAGAUUGAGUCCAAGAAGAAGGCAUCAUACAUUAAAAGAAUUCACCAAUACUCUACAAGAUAAUAAAAAAGUACGAGAGUUACUUCAACUCUGGGAUCUGAAAUUUGAUACCAAUUUUUUGUCCGUCCCGGGAAGAGUUUUGAAAAACGCAAACAUCGUGCAAGGCAGAAGAAUGGUUAAAGCCAAUUCACAAGGAGACUGGUCAAGAGAAAUAAGAGAAUUACCCUUACUUAAUGCAAUGCCACUACAUAGUUGGCUCAUACUCUAUAGCAGGAGCAGUCACAGAGAAGCCAUGUCCUUAAAGGGUCAUCUACAGAGUGUCACAGCCCCCAUGGGCAUAACUAUGAAACCAGCAGAAAUGAUUGAAGUAGAUGGUGAUGCUAACUCCUAUAUAGACACAUUACGGAAAUAUACUAGACCAACACUGCAGAUGGGAAUGUCAUGUUUGCUGGUUUUCAAGGUGAUUUGUAUCCUGCCCAAUGAUGACAAACGUAGAUAUGACAGCAUAAAAAGAUACCUAUGUACCAAAUGCCCAAUUCCAAGCCAGUGUGUGGUGAAAAAGACCUUAGAAAAAGUCCAGGCAAGGACCAUUGUCACCAAGAUUGCCCAGCAGAUGAAUUGCAAGAUGGGAGGAGCCCUCUGGAAGGUGGAGACAGACGUACAAAGAACAAUGUUCGUUGGCAUUGAUUGUUUCCACGAUAUCGUAAAUCGACAGAAAUCAAUAGCAGGAUUUGUUGCAAGUACCAAUGCUGAAUUAACAAAGUGGUACUCUCAAUGUGUCAUCCAGAAAACAGGAGAAGAGCUUGUGAAGGAGCUGGAGAUCUGCUUGAAAGCUGCCCUGGAUGUCUGGUGUAAAAACGAAUCAUCGAUGCCACAUUCUGUUAUUGUGUAUCGGGAUGGAGUGGGAGAUGGUCAGCUUCAAGCAUUGCUUGACCAUGAAGCGAAAAAGAUGUCGACCUACUUAAAAACCAUCUCUCCUAACAAUUUCACUCUAGCUUUCAUUGUGGUGAAGAAACGAAUAAACACUAGAUUUUUUCUUAAACAUGGAAGCGAUUUUCAAAAUCCACCUCCAGGAACAGUUAUUGACGUAGAGUUGACUAGGAAUGAAUGGUAUGACUUUUUUAUUGUGAGUCAGUCUGUGCAAGAUGGGACUGUUACCCCUACUCAUUAUAACGUCAUCUAUGACACGAUUGGCUUGAGCCCAGAUACAGUACAGCGUUUAACAUAUUGUCUAUGCCACAUGUAUUAUAAUUUGCCAGGCAUCAUCCGAGUUCCAGCGCCUUGCCACUAUGCCCACAAGCUGGCUUACCUCGUGGGGCAGUCCAUUCACCAGGAACCGAAUCGUUCCUUGUCAACUCGUCUCUUUUACCUUUGACCUGCGGAAGAAGACCUGAUGUGAUAAUGAAACCACAACGUGUAAGCCUGUCUUCCUUUUGAAGCAGGAUGUCUGAAAUAUUUUCCUAGGUCCAUAGCAUUAAAUUCUCAUCGUUUUUGAUUGGA